GCGUGAGCGGAGCGGCGGCGCGCGGCACGGAGGCUCAGGCCCAGGCCCAGGCCCGGGCGCGGCGGCCGCGGCCCCCCGCAGGACGAUGACACAGGGCGGGAAGAAGAAGAAACGCGCCGUCAACCGCAGCAUCAUGCUGGCCAAGAAGAUCAUCAUUAAGGACGGCGGGACGCCUCAAGGAAUAGGCUCCCCGAGUGUGUACCACGCUGUUAUAGUGAUCUUCCUGGAGUUCUUCGCCUGGGGACUCCUGACAGCACCCACCUUGGUGGUUUUGCAUGAAACCUUCCCAAAACACACGUUUCUCAUGAAUGGGCUAAUUCAAGGAGUAAAGGGCUUGUUGUCGUUCCUCAGUGCCCCGCUCAUAGGUGCCCUCUCUGAUGUGUGGGGCCGAAAGUCCUUCCUGCUGCUAACUGUGUUUUUCACCUGUGCACCGAUACCACUGAUGAAGAUCAGCCCAUGGUGGUACUUCGCAGUGAUCUCUGUCUCUGGAGUUUUUGCAGUGACGUUUUCUGUGGUUUUUGCAUAUGUAGCAGACAUAACCCAAGAGCAUGAAAGAAGCAUGGCCUAUGGUUUGGUUUCAGCAACCUUUGCAGCCAGCUUGGUGACCAGCCCUGCCAUCGGUGCCUACCUGGGCCGGGUGUACGGCGACAGCCUGGUGGUGGUGCUGGCCACGGCCAUCGCGCUGCUGGACAUCGGCUUCAUCCUCGUGGCCGUGCCCGAGUCGCUGCCGGAGAAGAUGCGGCCGGCGUCCUGGGGAGCCCCCAUCUCCUGGGAACAGGCUGACCCUUUUGCAUCGCUGAAGAAGGUCGGCCAGGACUCCAUUGUGCUGCUCAUCUGCAUUACGGUCUUUCUUUCCUACCUCCCAGAGGCAGGUCAAUAUUCCAGCUUCUUCCUAUACCUCAGACAGAUAAUGGGAUUUUCAUCUGAGAGCGUUGCAGCGUUCAUAGCAGUGCUGGGGAUCCUGUCCAUCAUUGCACAGACAAUAGUGCUGAGCCUGCUGAUGCGCUCCAUUGGCAACAAGAACACGAUCCUGCUGGGGCUGGGCUUCCAGAUCCUGCAGCUGGCCUGGUACGGCUUCGGCUCCGAGCCCUGGAUGAUGUGGGCGGCUGGUGCCGUGGCAGCCAUGUCCAGCAUCACCUUCCCCGCCGUCAGCGCGCUGGUGUCGCGCAGCGCCGACGCCGACCAGCAGGGUGUCGUGCAGGGGAUGAUCACAGGGAUCCGUGGGCUGUGUAAUGGCUUGGGACCAGCACUUUAUGGCUUUAUAUUCUACAUCUUUCACGUGGAACUGAAUGAGCUGCCCAUGCCCGAGGCGCCGGCAGGAGGGGCUGUGGUCACACAGUACCACUUAGAGCAGAACUCCAUCAUCCCUGGGCCCCCCUUCCUCUUCGGAGCGUGCUCUGUGCUCUUGGCACUACUUGUUGCCUUGUUUAUUCCUGAACACACAAACCUAAAUGUACGAGCCAGCAACUGGAAGAAACACUGUGGCAGCCACGGACACCCCCACAGUCCCCAGGCUCCCGGUGAAGCUAAAGAACCCUUACUGCAAGACACGAAUGUAUGACAAAAAGCCAGGAACGUCUUUUAGCCUCGUUUUCUCUCCAGCAGUUUGGGAUGCACAUUCCAUCACAGGUGGCAUUUCUUAAGGUAAGCUUAAGAAGUGUCUUUCUGCAUGAAAUCCAUAGGAAUUAAAGAAAAAAGAGGAAGUUUCUCCAAAGAUGUUGCCAUUGAAUUAAUACUUUGCUUUUAAAACCCACCUGUUACAUCCUCGUCUCCCGCCAUGAAAUACUGUUACUCCUCAGCCCCAGGCUGUGGCUCAGAGGGACUGGAGUGGAGGCAGCAGCACGGGGCCUGCCUGGGUCAGGGCUGAGCUUCAGCUGGAGCCCCCCUGAGCCUCAGUGAGAGGCAGGGCCAGCCCCAGGGACCCCUUCCCUGGAACCUUGUCAAAUCUUGUGUCACACGAUUCAAAGCCUUAAUGUAAAUGUGCUGGAGCAGGGAGAAGGUGAAUGGGUCUCAGCUUCUCUGGGAGCCCCUGGCAGGCUUGAGGCGUGUACUGAUGUAACCCGGGUGAGCAGCUUGCGGAGCAGCGCCGGCUCCUUCCAUGUAAGUGCAUUUACUCUUCCUGUUCUGGAACGAACGGUGGUUGGUCAGCCCUUGGCUCCAGCCUGGGCGGCUCUGAGCCCACAGCUGUUGCUGUGGGUGCUGCCCUCAGCACUGUUUAGGCCCCCACUCCAUGGCUGAUGUUUGUGUAAUCAUCAAGGACCUCAAAACUUGAAUGCACGGCCCGAGGGGGGAGCCACGGGGCUCCCUGGCCGUGUGCUCUCCAGUGGCCUUUGAGGACUGUCACCACAACCCUUUUGCAUUACAGAGCUAAAGUUUUAGUCCUACAUUUUCAGGACCCUUAGGACAGAAGAGCUUUAUACGAUGACUGAUGUGAAUUUCUCUCAAAGUGUAUAUUUUUGUGUCCAGUUGUAUUAUUUAAGCGUCCCUUUGUAUAAAUUUGUGUAUAAAGUCUUGUAUAGGUUUAAAAUGUUUUCAUCUUGUGGUUAUUGCUUGAUGCUUUUUUACCUUUCCACGUGCACCACGGUUGACCAAGAGCAGGAUAAAAAGGUGUAAAUAUGCUGUUAAUAAAGUGGAAUAUUUUAAUGAGUAA